GAGGGGGGGGGGGGGGGGGAGGGAGGGACCCGCCCGCCGCGCCCGGCUUCUGGGCAAGUGUGGCCGCAGGCACCCGACGCCGCCCCUGUCCCGGGGCUGAGCCGCGCCCGGUUGCCCCGGACGGUGCGUGCGCGAGUGUGCGCGAGUGUGUGUGUCUGCGCGGGCGAGCGCCGUGCCGGCCCAUAGCCUUCUGCUUGGUCUCCCGGGCCGCGGUGCAUGUUCGCCUCCUGCCACUGUGUGCCGAGAGGCAGGAGGACCAUGAAAAUGAUCCACUUUCGGAGCUCCAGCAUCAAAUCGCUCAGCCAGGAGAUGAAAUGCACCAUCCGGCUGCUGGACGACUCGGAGAUCUCCUGCCACAUACAGAGGGAGACCAAAGGGCAGUUUCUCAUCGAUCACAUCUGCAACUACUACAGCCUGCUGGAGAAGGACUACUUUGGCAUUCGCUAUGUGGACCCAGAGAAGCAGCGGCACUGGCUUGAACCUAACAAGUCUAUCUCCAAGCAAAUGAAAUCUCAUCCACCAUACACCAUGUGCUUUAGAGUGAAAUUCUACCCACAUGAACCCUUGAAGAUUAAAGAAGAGCUCACAAGGUACCUUUUGUACCUGCAAAUUAAAAGAGAUAUUUUCCAUGGCCGACUGCUGUGCUCCUUUUCAGAUGCUGCCUACCUGGGGGCCUGUAUCAUUCAAGCUGAGCUUGGUGAUUACGAUCCUGAUGAGCAUCCUGAGAAUUACAUCAGUGAGUUUGAGAUUUUUCCCAAGCAGUCACAGAAGCUGGAAAGAAAAAUAGUGGAAAUUCACAAAAAUGAACUCAGAGGCCAGAGCCCACCGGUUGCUGAAUUUAAUUUGCUCCUGAAAGCUCACACUUUGGAAACCUAUGGAGUGGAUCCCCACCCAUGCAAGGAUUCAACAGGUACAACAACAUUUUUAGGAUUCACAGCUGCAGGCUUUGUGGUAUUCCAGGGAAAUAAGAGAAUCCAUUUGAUAAAGUGGCCAGAUGUCUCCAAAUUGAAGUUUGAAGGGAAGACAUUUUAUGUGAUUGGCACCCAAAAGGAGAAAAAAGCCAUGUUAGCUUUCCAUACUUCAACACCAGCUGCCUGCAAACAUCUUUGGAAGUGUGGGGUUGAGAACCAGGCCUUUUAUAAGUAUGCAAAAUCCAGUCAGAUCAAGACUGUGUCAAGCAGCAAGAUAUUUUUUAAAGGAAGUAGAUUUCGAUAUAGUGGUAAAGUUGCCAAAGAGGUGGUGGAGGCCAGCUCCAAAAUCCAGAGGGAGCCUCCUGAGGUACAAAGAGCCAGCAUUACUCAGAGCCGCAGUUCCCACUCCUUGAACAAACAGCUCAUCAUUAACAUGGAACCCCUGCAGCCCCUGCUGCCUUCCCACAGUGAGCAGGAAGAGGAACUUCCUCUGGGUGAGGGUGUUCCCUUGCCUAAAGAGGACGACAUUUCUGCCCCUUUGAUCUCCAGCUCACCAGUGAAGGAAGGCCGGGAGUAUGACGAUCCCCCAAGUGAAGAGGAAGAUAAAAUAAAAGAAGAGCCCUUAACCAUCUCUGAAUUGGCAUACAACCCAAGUGCCAGCCUGCUUCCCACCCCAGUCGAUAAUGAUGAGAUUGACAUGCUCUUUGACUGUCCAUCUAGGCUGGAGUUAGAAAGAGAAGACACAGAUUCAUUUGAGGAACUGGAAGCUGACGAAAACGCCUUUUUGAUUGCAGAGGAAGAAGAGCUGAAGGAGGCUCGGCAAGCGUUGUCGUGGAGCUAUGACAUUCUGACCAGCCAUAUCCGGGUGAACCCCCUGGUCAAGAGUUUUUCCAGGCUCCUUGUGGUGGGCCUGGGACUGCUGCUCUUUGUAUUUCCCCUGCUCCUCCUCCUUUUGGAGUCAGGUAUUGAUCUCUCCUUCUUAUGUGAAAUCCGCCAGACGCCAGAGUUUGAGCAGUUUCAUUAUGAAUACUACUGUCCUCUCAAGGAGUGGGUGGCCGGGAAAGUGAACCUCAUUCUCUACAUGCUGGGUUGCUCAUAAAGUUCGUGUCUCCUCUGACUAAGGGCUAUAUUCAAUACUAGUGAUUUUCUUCCCCAAAAAUACCUGGUCUCGAAAUGGUCCUGGGGCCAUCAACAGGUAUUCCUUAUUCAUAACAGAUUACGCAAACCCUUAAGUUAGAUUUCCAGAACUCACCGCACUUAAAUAAGUUUCAAUCAAAUACAGUUAUUUUAGUUACAGGUCAGGAAGAUGGCCUUGAAAUAACCAAAAAAUGUUUAUUUUUUAUUAUAGUGUAGUCUUACUGUUUAUCUAUUAUAUCAUAAUACAUAAUACAUUGGGCUGAAUUAGAUUGUCCUUUAAAAAAAAAAGUUGGCACCAUUACAAGCUCUAAGGUUUAGAAUCAGAAUUUUAGUAAAAACCCAAGAGAGAGUUUUUGAAUAUAAUCCUUAGUGAAAACAAUGUCCUCUAACCAAUGCCUAUACAAUGAAAUUUAUGCUGGGUUUUGUUUUUGUUUUUUUAAAAAUAUUUUUAUGUGUUCAAAAUAUUUUGGUAAAUUUUUAGCAAAAAAAAAAAGAAGCCUCCUGGAGUUAUUUAAGUGUACAGAUUGUAAGAUUAAUACACAAGGGCAUGUUGAGAAUUUUUUAAUUCAUUUUUUAGAAUAUUUUUGGCUGAAAACCCCACAAUUUGUUAUACCUGCAUGUGAGAUAGUUGACGAUUAAAAGAUGCUGCAGUAAGUA